GCUCAACCUCGCGACCGCGUCUCAGUCAGUUGUCCUCACCUUCGCCACACUUCACUUCUCUACAGCCAAAAUUCGAAGCCGUUGAAUAAACCAACAAUACCACUGCUUUGAAUCGUCUUCAGAUGGCAUCCUCACAGUCUCGCGGCGGCGAGCGCAUGAUCCAUCAAGAUUUCAUUGCCAGAAUCCGAUACUCGAAUGCGCUCCCUCCACCACCCGUGCCGCCCAAGCUCCUCGACAUCCCGAAUACUGGACUUACGAGCGGUCAAUACACCACACCUGGCUUUGCCUCUCGCCUUGCGCGGGAGCAGCCGCUGAACAUUGAGGCCGAUGCGGAGCUUGGCAUGCCGCUGGACUUGGUGGGAAUGCCAGGCAUCUUUGACGGUGAUGAGAGCUCAAUCCAAGCUCCGGCUCAGACACCACAGGUCCAUCCUCGCGACAGGGCGCUACUGAGACCGCUCUCGACCCUUGGCAAGCCCAAGGCCAGCGACUCCUCCGUUUCCUUCUUGCGCCGCACCGAGUACAUCUCAUCCACGCAGUCGUCCAAGUCCCGCCCAAGCGACGUCUUCCUCCGACCGUCGUCCGGCAAUGCGUUCAAGAGACCCGAGAAGAGAAAGUCGCCAGAGCCCGACAAGGACUCGCCAGCCUACAUGAAGCGGAAGAUCGACAAGAGCUUCGAGGUCGCACAACAGCAGUUGAAGGAUCGCAGCCGGGUCAAGCACCCGUCGAAACGCAACCUCAAGCUGGUCAACGCCUACCCCAUGCUCCCCGACCUGGACGCCUUCCCCGACUCAGGAGCCUACGUGACGGUCAAGUUCACCCACAACCCCGUGCCCGUCAGCAACCAGUACGACACGCGCCUCCUCUCGGGCGUCUUCAAACCAAUCGAGCGCACCGAGGCCGAGGAGCAGGCCUUCGAGGCCGCGAUGGAGGCGUAUGAGCGGGACCCGAAGCACAACCACAAGCCGAACAACAUGAUGAACUAUGAAUUCUUCGUCGCUGACAACGUGCUCAACGGUGAGCGGUUCCGCCAGCGCUUCGACGUGGACAACCCCGGGUGUAACAGCGACGACCUGUACCCCAAGGACAGCAGCGGCGAGAGCACGUCCUGCUUCCAGUUCCAGCGGGUACGCGCCUACGAGACGGCACAGGAGACGGAGCUCGACCACGAGUCCAAGUACAGCGAUGAGAUCAUCAUGGCGUACAACGACGGGGAGCUCCGCCAGAAGGGGGCAUACUACUACCCGGUCAUGCAGCGGACCACCAUCCGCAGCCAACGGUCCAAGAACAUUGCGCGGAAGAUCGGGAUCGGUUCCGACCAGGAGCAGGUCGUCGACCAGCUGGACAUCACGAUCGACGACCCCAGCGACGAGCUGCGGGGCCAUAUGCUCCGGUACAAGGAGAACCCGCUGGGGUUCCUGGAUGAGGAGGAGGAGGAGGAGGAGGACGUGGAGGAGCCCGCCGCGCGGGAGGGGAACGGAGGGGCCCGGAGCCCGCCCGCAAAUGGGACGAAGGCCGGCCAUCAGUCUCCGGGCUCGGAGGAUGAUCAGGACGCCGAGGGUGAGGAGGAAGACUGAUAUGGCUAGCGAGGAGGUCAAGCAGAGGCGGCCUCUGGGGCUGCCUCACGGCGUAAGCGUGACUUUACUUACUCAUUUGGAAGGGGCUCUAUAAAAGGGCAAUGGCAUUCUUUUCCUUUAGAAAGUUGGCCUUUUUGAGGGUCACAAGGCCAAUAUCACUCUGUCUGAUAUACAUCCCUAGCGACAAUUGAUAUAGGAAUUUCCAUCGAUGGAACCGGA